UUAAUAACUGUAACCAAAUAUAUAUUAUAAAAAUCAAUUUAGUGUUAUUUCACAAAAAUAUGAGAAUGUAACAAAAAUUUUUACUUACAAUCAAAUGUUAGCGUUGACCUCGUGCUAAACCUCUGGGGAGUAUUGGCAGUGUUCGCCAAUUGUGACACGCCUCCUAUGUGUUUCUAUCUCACUCGUACAAGCCUGCAACAGACAGAGAAAUGACUUGCUAUAUAAUCACUUUUCUCAGAGGAAAAUCAUCAUUCACGUUAGAGCUAUACGCUUGAGUAUUAACUAUUGUUUCUAAAAAAUCGUCAUUCGUAACGCGGAGAUGGACUCAUCAAGUGCUUCCUCAUCCUCCACAACAUUCUUAUUACCAGACAGCCCGCCUCCGGAGAGGAAGAUGAACUUCUGGGAGCAGCAGAAGCAACAGCAGCAGAAGCGCCGCAGCACGGCUGCUACCUCGGCUGUUGCCUCCACCUCUGCUGCUGCCACCUCCUCCUCCUCCUCAGAUCCCUUGAAGAAACAAGGGAUCUUUGUACGUGAGGAGGAUGAGGAGGAUUCCUCCAUCAUCAUCCCAGACAGCAGCCCUCUCCCGCAAGCUACUUGGGCGCCGCGCCAAGCGACGCUAACAUCAGUGCCUGCUGCCGCCGCCGCCCCCAAGCAGUCAGUUAAGCGGAAGUUGUUUGUCGACGACGACGAUGAGGAGCCCUCCAACGUCCUCACUCAAUCGAAGAAACGAGUGCAGCUACAGGAGUCGCAAGACAGCUCAAUAAUGUCUCUGUUACGGGAGACGGAGGAGGGGGAGGAGGAGGAUGAAUUGGACAGGGAGACAGACGACUUCAUUCGGAUCAUAAAUUCUAGAUGUGAAAAGCCCUGGACGCCUCUCAGGGAAUUGGAGGAGGGGUUACCAUACCCCAUCGUGGACGUCCGGGAGGCGUCCAACCAACAUGGACGUCGCAUCAUCUUAAAACUACACACUCCCGGAAUGAGCUUGAUGUAUGCACGCACGCGCAAGCAUGCCCCUGAGCUGAAAACAUCAGCCGGUCGCUCACUCAGUCAAGGCCGGCCAACGCCCCCCGACCUUCACAAGGCCGCCCGCCUUCCUUGUUGA